GGUUGAGUCUAUUUUCUCUUCCUGGGCUUCUGCCUCCUUGCUGGUUUUCCGAUCGGGAGCCGAUAGCCCUUCACAAUUGGUACACAGUAAUGGCACUGCGAGGGCGAUGCCAUAAUUUUGCUAUAAUGGGCUGUAACCUCGAUUCGACCCCGCCGGCUCUUGCGGCAACAGCAGCAGCAGCCCCAGUUCGUUCUAUCGGGAAGCCUGCAGUUGGGCCUGUCCUCCAGCAGGUGGCGCGCGAGGCCGACUGACGCUGGGGAGCCGGAGGCGGGCGCGAGCGCCGUGCACGCGCCUCCCCCCUCCUUCCUCGCCCCCCUUUUCCCUUUAGUGCACGAGUUUACCUCUAGAGGUCAUCAGGCAGGAUUUACGACUGGACAACAAAAGCACGUGAUGUGGAGCCGUACCCCAUAUUUGGGUGCCUACGUAGGAGGGAACCGAGUACAUGUCCCAGUCAUUUCCAUAAUUCAUCAUAAAUUGUGCAAGGGUGCUAUAGACGCACCAAAAAACGAAGCAAAGAGCCACAAAUCAAGCCCCCCAAUUUCUGAUCUCAAAAAAAAAAAUUAUAUUAUUCCACCACCAUCACCCUAACCAACCAACCAACCAACCCAACAACAACGACAACAAAUGAGCUCUUAUUUUGUAAACUCCUUUUGCGGUCGCUACCCCAAUGGCCCGGACUACCCGUUACAUAAUUAUGGAGAUCCUAGUGCCGUGAGCGAGCAAUUCAGGGAAUCCGCUGCCAUGCAUUCCGGCAGGUAUGGCAGCAGCGGCGGCGGAGGCUACGGCUACAAUGGCAUGGACCUCAGCGUCGGCCGCUCGGCUUCCAGCCACUUUGGAGCAGCGGGGCCCUCGGAGAGGACGAGGGGCAGCUACCCCGCCAACGCCACCGCCUCCUCCUCCUCCUCCACGGCCAACACCCCCGAGGCCAGGUAUGCCAACCGGGCGGCGGCAGCAGCAGCGGGCACCCACUCGCCACACUCGCCUGACCCGCUGCCCUGCGCUGCUGCUGCCGCUGCAGCCUCCUCGCCAGUCAACAGCAGCAGCGUGAAAAACUCCACCGCCAACUCGACCGGCGCUUCCUCCACUUCCAGCAGCAGCACCAGCAGCAGCACCAGCGCCAACAACAGCCUUGGCAGCGGAGGAAGCAGCCACCUAGGCAGAGAAGGGCUCAGCGCCUCGCCGGGCACAGAAGAGGCACCUCCAGCCGGCAGCGAGCAAGCCAACUCCCAACAGAGCGACCAAAGCCCGGCCCCACAGCCGCCACAACCCCAGAUCUACCCCUGGAUGAGAAAGCUCCACAUAAGCCAUGACAACAUAGGGGGGCCCGAAGGGAAACGGGCUCGGACUGCUUACACCCGCUACCAGACGCUGGAGCUGGAGAAAGAGUUUCACUUCAAUAGAUACCUGACCCGCAGGAGGAGAAUUGAAAUCGCACACGCUCUUUGCCUCUCAGAGAGACAGAUCAAGAUCUGGUUCCAAAACCGGCGCAUGAAAUGGAAAAAGGAUAACAAGUUGAAGAGCAUGAGCAUGGCAGCGGCUGGAGGAGCCUUUCGCCCCUAAAAGAGGGACCCCGGAUUUGCUCCUGCCUCCCCGGAAACCCCAACUAAACCCAAAAAAACAAACCCAAGUACUGAGCAGUAUUAUAUGAGCUGACUCUGCGUGGAAUGUCAGUUGUCUGUCUGUCUGUCUGUCUCUCUCUGCCUCUCUCUCUCUCUCUUUCUGCCUUUCUCUCGCGUUGACUUGCUCCAACUUCCCUGGGAGUGGGGAAAACACUCCCUAGUCCAUCUUUUAAUCAUGAGCCUGUUUUAAUUGAGCUUUCCCAGCGCGGGUUACCAGUAGAUCUGCUUCUUUGUCUUGAAUGGCUUUGUCUUGAAGAAGAAGAAGAAAAAAUAAUAAUAUGUAGAUGUUUUAACUUAUUUAUAUAAAGCGAGUGGUGUUACUUGAAGUAACUGUAAAAAGGAGGGAGGGGGGAGAGUACACACUCACAAAAAACCCUAGUAAGGGAGAGCCAUCUACUCCCUUCUUCCUUCCCUCCUUCCUCCCUUCCCUCCUUCCUUCCCUCCCUCUCUUUCUCCCCCACCCCUGUUUCCACCCCCAUGUUUUUCUGUGUGUUGCACUCGCUGUGCUUAACUGUGCAUGUGUGUUCAAAAUAAUAAUAAUAAUAAAGUGUCGGUGUCUGUAUAGCUCCAAGCUGUGGCCAAGAUUUCCAAUCCAAAACUACCUAUUUUAAUUCCUGUUGUCAUUAAUGGCUGUUGUAGAGGUGAAAUGAUGAAAAACAAAAAAAACCCGGAACGUGUCCUAACUUGUAGUGAAUAUAGUGAAUCUGUGACGAAAACUGUGAUUCCAGACAGUAUGUCCUUGCUGUGCCUUUGUAUAUGAUGACUCUUUUGCACGAACUCUUGGAAAAGUGGCUUUUCUUAAGCGCAGCUUCAGUAAUGUAUAGGGUGCUUUCUUUCUUUCUUUCUCACUCUCUCUUUCUCGUGGAUAAAGUUACACAUUGAGUCAAAGUCUGGCUGGCUGUCUGAGCAAAAAAAAAUAAUGUGAUGGCCUUUUCAAAAAUGUUUUGUUUUUUUUUAAAAAAGAACUGACUGGAAAAAUAAACUUUCUAUUGUAA